GGCUCACAGUCAUUCUGUUUUAUCAAUGUUUACAAUCAUAAUUAGAAUGGAUCAUACGCACAUCGCCGUAGGCCAAUAAACUAAAACUACAACAAUGUGCCUCUACAUGAAAUCCAUCAAGACAACUAAAUUAUCUGAAACUUUUUCAAAUCUAUGAAUUAUAGUAAAAAUCUUACAAUUUAACUAUUGAAUUCUUACAUUGGAAACUAUAAGUUUAUUGAAAACCUAUCUGAACGAAGAAUAUUUCAUCCAGUUAUACAUUUUAUUCCAUGUAUAUCAUUAUAUUUCUAAAAGAAGUGCCCAAACCUUAGACACUAGAAUGAUCUCCAUUGAAGAUAACCAUACGAAGCGGAUUAUUUAAUUUGCAUGGUCAGGUGGUGCAAAAAACUUGUAUACAUGAAGUGGAGAGCAUUUUGAUGUCAAUUAAUCUGAAAGUAAACAGACAGCAUAUAUCCUCUGAAAGGAGAAACUAUAAUUCAAUCGUCGUUUCACUGCAGAAGGUGGAUUAAUUGACUGACAGAUUGCCUGAAGGACAGAUGUUUCGCAGCUGUGAAUUUCAAGUUCUUACAGUAUUCAUCUUGCUUGAAUAUUUUAUUGUACAUAGUGCACAGUUUACAAACGAAACUUCUAAAACUAUUUGGCUAGAUUUGAACGUAAAUCAGAUUGAUCUGUCUACUGAAAAAGUUCUAUCCAAUAUCAUCCAGUCAAUGGUUAACAGAGAAACUUCAUCUGCUCUCAUCCACCAUGUUGAACCGCGAUCGACGGUAACCAUUGACUGUAUCAUAUUAUAUGCUUAUGGAGGGGAACAAGAAGUGACCAUGAAAACAGGACAAGCAUUGAACAUUCAACGAAAUCCAAACGUUCAUCUAACUUGUCCACUUUCCAGACGUGUAUGUUUUUCCAACUGUUCACCAAUGGAUCAAAAUUUAACUGAUGUUAAGUGCAAAUAUUUAUCUAUUUAUCAAAAAAAUACAAGUGUUGAUAGGGUAUUUAGAAAAUUCCCCUAUGAAAAAAUAAAUAUUUUUCGAUAUACAUUUCAUGAGUUAUCUGACAAAUUCAAUGGAACUUGGACAUGUCAUUCUGAUGGGCAAUCAAGUGAACUUCAUGAUUUAAUUGUUUCAGAUUCGGAAUUUGUCGAAAAAUUUUCGCCUGACAAAAAAGCAGUUACUGCUGAUACACCAGUCAAUGUUACCUGCAAUAUUACAUCCCCUAUGAAUACCACUGAUACUACUAACUUUAAUUCUGACAAUCAAAACAUUGCUGCCCUUGAUGAGGCCCAUUCAAAAUUACAGUUUACUAUCCAGUAUACUGGAAUGAAAACAAAUGACAGCAUUACACAAACCAAUGUAUGUGAAUCAGAAUUGGAUACAUACGCAGAAGGCAGUGCAAAUAUUGAAUGUCAAGUGACAGAUAAACAUCAGCAUCGAGUUAAGAGGCGUGUUAACUCAGAUUUUCACUAUCCAUCUAAGUCUGUUCGACUGGAUACAAAUUUAUCUCCAGAUCAUUCAGUUGAAGUUGGUACUGUCCUCGAGAUUAAGUGUACAGCGGAACCAGGUAAUCCACCUCCAAAGUUAUCUCUUUUACGCCAAAGAUUCGAAGAGACAAAAGCAACGGUUAUUCAAACGAAGACAAGACAAAUUGGCCAGAAAAAUUCUCAUAUGAAAAUGCGUAAAGAAGUGGUUCAAGAAUUUUUUGUCACUUUAAGUGAAGAAGAUAAUGGUGCUUCUUUUUUCUGUGAAGUUAAAAGUACAGGGAUUACAUCUAGUGUAGCUCGAUCUGACAGUGUACGAUAUAAUGUUUCAUUCCCUCCACGAGCAGUAUAUGUACAAUCGUUUCCUGAAGGUUUGAUACCUGAAUCAACCCAGAAAACAUUUAUGUGUCAGACAGAUAGUAUGGGAAGUAAUCCGCCAGCUAUACUUAAAUGGCAACAGCUUGAUUCUGCUGGUGCAGUUAUUUCACUCGAAAGUUUGAAGAUGUCUAUAGAAGUCGAUUUUAAUAAACAAACCAAUGGAGCUGUUGUUACACGUUCUAAUCUAACUGUUCUCGCCACAAGAGCAUUAAAUGGAAGACGUUUUGAAUGCUCAGUUGUAUUCAACGACUCAAAAACUAUGCUCCGAUCGGAAGGUUUCUUGGAAGUUAUGUUUUCCCCUAAUAAUAUACGAUUAACAGCUCAGCCAAUCAAUGGUGUUCCAGAAGCUAGUCGUUUAGAACUGACAUGUUCUACGAGUUCUUGUCAUCCACCUGCUGUGAUACGUUGGCUUGAAAUACCACCAGAUAAAAUAAAAGAAAAGAAUAAAAAUACUGAAGAAUUUUUUCAACGAAUAAAUUCAUUUUCAAAUGAAUUAACUGAUCUUGCCCAAUUAGAAACUAAACAAGGUGAUUUUGGUGGAACUAAGGUCUCCAGUACACUAGUUAUUACGAAGACCUACAGAUCUCAACAAAAUACAAUUUUUCAAUGUCUAGUCAAUCAUACAGGAAUGAACAAACCAGUUCUAACUGAACACAGACUACAGAUUUUGUACCCACCAUCUAUUCAUAUCAUCAGUCUCCCUAAUCAACCGGUUACAAGACAAUCUGUUUCAUUAUUCUGUCAAACUAUUGGUGGAAAUCCCAUAAACGACUUGAAAUAUGCAUGGUUUGUAGGCAAAUCAACACAAUUCUCUAGUUUACUGAAUCAACGAGAUGAUGAUGUCAAACGCUUAAAAGACAGUUCAAAUGAUCCGACCACAAAUAAUUCACCAAGCUUGUCUACACCACGAAAUCAUUUCUUACCAUCUCCAUCGCAUACAAUCCAAAGACCAGAAUUUCCCAGUAUGAUUCAACUGACAGGUUAUCAUGACUCCUCUUUGAAUCUGUCAAACAUCAAAUUAUCACAGGCUGGUUGGUAUGGUUGUGAAGUGUCUGGUGUUGGAGGAAGCUCAUACGCACUACACUACCUUGAUUUAUAUUAUCAACCCAUAAUGAAUCGACGAACUCAGACGCAUAUAAUGGCACAAGUAGGUGAAUCUGUCACUCUAGCCUUGUAUGUAGAUGCUAAUCCACCGUGGGCAGAAGCUGAAUGGUUUCAAAUAGACACGUAUAAAAAUGAAGUUAGACAAAUCAAUGGUCCCCAGCAAUAUAUUGAACCUCAGGCGUACUUUGAAUCACCAUACAACAACGAUGGUUAUCCAUAUUCGUAUGAAUCAUGGCCACGUGUAAAAAGAGCAACUUAUAAUCGCCCUGAGUCUCAUUCAGCAGAUUUAUCUGUGGGACGAAAUACGCGCCAGUCUAUUGGUCAAAAGGGAGGGCAGAGAAAAAAUAUUUUCGCUUCACGUGGUACUGGUCUCAAUGGUAAUCUCACCUUUUUACUCAGGUUUACAGAAGUUAAGCCUGAUGACUUUGGUACAUAUAUCUGUCAAGUUCGUCAUCAGUUAGGUGUAAAGGAAUUCAAUUUCUACUUGAUCAAAAAGACUGGUGCUGGAGUUAUAACAGAGGAUUCAAUCGAGAUUAUUCAUCAUGGAUCAACUACAAGCAUUUUAUUUAAUCCUCCAAUGAAAUCUUCCUUUACUAGACUUGUACUACGCGUCUGUCGACGUGAUGCCUUCAUAGCAAAUCCUUUACACUUGGAUAAAUCAUCUAUCAGUAAGCAACAUGUUAGACAAGAUGUUCAAUACCAGAAGAGAGUCAAAAGAACUGUCAGCUUGGGGAAUACAACAAAUCAAAAUGAUAUGAAUCGACUGGACAAUUCCCAACAAAUGAUCAGCUCCCGAUCUGUUGGAUGUGAAGAUUAUCACGUUGCAAAACCUUGGUUAGGAAAGAUGGAAGUACAUUUAUCUGAUGCUAUUCAAUUGUAUAAUUUCAGAUUCCUUUUAUUUCAAGGCACUAAACUUCUACAAGAAACAUCUCCCAUAUUGUGGCAGCCAGAAAUAGCUAAAGAUCGAGGUGUUUUCAGUAAAUCGUUGUUGGCGUUAGCCGUCACUGGUGGAUGUGCACUAGUGAUUGUAUUUCUUAUCACAGCAAUCAUAUUCUACUCGUGUUAUGGAAGAAAGAAACGCAGUUCAUUACAGUUUUGGAAUAUUAAAAAAAGCCCUAAAUCAAGUACCUCUCAUUUGUCAAACAAAAAAGUGGAUGUUCGAAAUCCUACAGGAUCUGAAUUAGGAUUUGAACUUCAUAGUGAUAUUGGAUCUGUGCGUAGAUAUCAACCUGAAAUCCCUUACAAACAAAGCGUUAAAAAUGGUUCGUUUAUUUCGCAAGGAUACGAGAAUUCUUUGAAUGGAACUCAUCAUCAUUUCAGCCCAUUACAACCCUCUUCAGGAAUGAACAUCGGAUUUGAUGGUAAUAGUAUUGAUAAUGAAUGUGCUGCAUUGUUGCACAGUCGUAAUUCCGUGGCCAGUAGUCAAAGUGCUCAAAUGAAUAUUAUAAAUAGUCGAAUAUUCGCUGAAGCAUAUGCUGCUGCAGCAAGAGCAGCUGCUUCUGUUGUCAGUGGUAGUACUGAAAUCUAUUCACCUAGUACACAAAUGACAAAUGAUCUGAGUACACAUACCAAUGAAGAUCGUCAUAAAUCACAGAAUUCACUUAUCACAUAUCCAAUGAACUCAGAUAUGCCGCCUAACGAACUAAUGGUUACAUCAAAAGAGACAAAUAUGAGUUCAGAAAAUGGUGGUGAUUCAAAGAAAAAUAACCAUGUCAACAAUGCGAGUCUGUAUUCAAAGAAUCGGGAUAAAAUUAAAGUCGGUCAAUUCAAUAAGUUUAAACAAUCAUUUCAAGGCAGUAGAAAAUCCUCAAGACUUAGUUUAUCUGGUCAACCAGAGCCUCGUGGAUCCCAUUUAUCUGUUCAUAUGCCUUCAAAACAUCCAUCGAAUUAUUCACAGUGGAGUAAUGCAUCUGGUACAUCAUAUUCUAGUUUAGUAAGUCCAAGUCAAACAGAUUUACAAGUUACAGCACAAGUAGCUGCAGCUGCAGCAAUUGCAUCAGUUGUAGAGAAUAUGAAUUUCGGUCUGGCUAUGAAUCAUGCUUCAUCUCUUAAUAAUGUUGGUGGCUAUUGUCUUAUGCCUAGACCAUCAUCAAGAGCUGCAUCAGUUACAGGUCCACCAAGUAGAAGUAGACCAGGGAAUGGAAGUGAAGAUGGAGAGAGUAUGAAAUAUGCAAUAUUUACGCCACGGAAUGCUUCAACUGGACAAGCUACACCAACUGCCAGUGUUGAUACUAUUGAUCCUAAUUUACAAAUAUCAACUCCAAGUCCCAUUUCACAACAACAACAUCAACAACAAAAUCAGUACCCCGCUGAUUCAGACAAUCCUAAGAAUCAACUGCAAUUAAAUAAUCAACAUAUGAGUGCAAAUAUAGCUUCUCAGUUCAAUGGUGCUGCAUCUACAAGAUCUGAUGAUCGAUAUCAAUUAAAUUAUAACCAAAAUCGUUUAAUUGAACCGCAGAACAUUGGAAAUCCAUAUCAACACCACAAUCAACAACAACAGUACUAUUCACCGAAUCAACAACAAUUAUAUGCUGUCCAUGGAAUCCGUGGACCAUAUUCAACAUUUAUUAAUCCAAUGAAUGCAACGGUAACAGCAACAGCAACAGCAGUAUCAUCAUCCUCUCCUUCUCCUAUCCUCAAUGUCCCUGAACAAAAUGCUUCAUUAAUGGCUUAUUAUCGUAUACUAGCACAAAAUCAAAUGUUAAACAGACAUAAAUUACAACAAUUUCAUCAACAUCAGUUAAUACAACAGCAAAGACAACAGCAACAAUACCAACAGCUAAAUCAAAACAGAAAUGACCAGUUAAAAUCGAUGAUUAGUGCGAAUAGAAUUCAACAACAGCAACAACAACAACAAACGAAUCUGUCCAAAAACUCAUCACCGACAUCAGAUCAAGCAGAUCAUCAUCAUCAAAGAAAUAAUCCAGAUCAACAGAUAGACUUAAAACUGACUCAAGAAACUGAAGCAAUCGAUAAAAAGACAACUAAUCAGAUAACUGACAAGCACACUGAUGAAUCUAACAGUGGUAAAUCAGUCUUGGUGAUGUCGAAUAGUCAAUACGAUGAGAAUACUGUGAACAAAAAUCAUCAGAAAUCAUCUAGUCAAACCGGUGAACUUCAUAUUGCAGUGUCACAAUCCCAAGUAAUGUCUAUCAAUGAGUCGGAGAAAUCUAUAAAAACUGAAAUGAAUGGUAAAAAUCUUACGGAAUUUAAUCAACCGAUGUUUUUUGAUGGCAAUCAAAAGCAUUUACCUGAACAUAUGUCAUCUGUUCAGUCGGAUAGUUGUCAAGAUUCAAAAUCUGGUGAUUUAAUUCCUUCAAAAGAAUCACCCUCUUUAUUACUAAAUGGUAACAGAAUUAGUAAUAAUGUUGAUGCAUACAAUGGUAAUACACAGCAUUGUACUGAUAACAGUAACACUAAAAGUAAUACUAAUAAUCCGCUUAGUAUAACUACCAAUUCAGACUCAUAUUAUGAGCGAAUACCACAGCAUAAUUAUCACCAUCAACAAUAUCAGACAGUCAACGGGAUGGAACUUAAUGAUUCGCAUACAAAUACUACCAGUGAGAACCAUUCACCGAGACAACAACAACAACAAACUCAACCUUCAACAUACUAUCAAAAUACACUUACAACACCAACAACCCUGAAACAACAACCUCGUCUAGGCAUACAUUCACCGGUAAGAACAAAUCGUUAUUUAAAUCCUACAGAACAAAGUGCAUUCAAACAAAUAAGCGUUAAUUUAGAUAAGUCAAUUCCAUCAGGAAUUAUUAUUUCAAAUGAUACUGAUAGUAAAUUAACAAAUGAAAAUCAGUCGAAUAGCAAAGAUCAUUUAUCUAAUGAAAUAAACAUGCAAUCAAAUGCUGUUGCCUAAUUCUAAAAGCAAAACAAAAAUCUAGGUUCAACCAUACAUCAUAACAUUUGUAUGAAUUUCCACUGUUCAACAAACACAAACACUUCAACGAUAAUCAUUUACAAAGUGUACAGACAUUAAAUUUUAUUCUAAGUAACACAAAAACCUAAAAAAAAAAAUCAAGUAGGCUCUGACAAUUUAUCUCUAAAAGAAAGUAGAUAUGAGUAAUAAUCUAUUGGAAAUGAUGAAAAAAGAAAAACGGAAAUUCUUUACUUACUAGGCAUUAAAAUAUUGAAUUUAUUUUCAUAUAAUCUAGACAAAUAUCUCUCAUCUCUCUCUUAUACAACAUCUUAUAAUUCGUGAUUUCUUUUGUUUUCUUGUGUUGUUGCCACGAUACAACCAUUGUAUAUCACUCUUAUAUCAUAAUUCGUAAAAUUGUAUCCUCCAAAAGAAUUAAAUGUAAACUAUUAAAUGUAAUUAUUUGCUAUUGUUGACUCAUUGAGUUUCUUUUAGCAAAUAACAAAUUCAGC